AUGAAGAGGUACGGCGCAAGCAAGGGUAGCUCGCCGCCGGAAAAGAAUCAGGAGCGUAUGGCGCGUUGGUUGGUUGCCUAUAGACCACCACAGACGGGGCCCUAUGGGGCUAAUGUUCAGCCGGGGUUGCGGGGCAAAUAUAAAAAAAGUGGUGCACAUAUCCCAUACUUACGAAAACGAGGAUUAAACAUGCAAGCUGCUACCAGCCCUCGUAAAAAGCUAAAGAGUCCACAAGAGUUUGUCGUCAAUCCGAAAACCUCAAUCACGUGUACAAAUGUUCCGGAUUCUCUAUUAGAAGGCGCUGCAGCCAAAAAACACUUUAGCAAGUUUGGCCGGGUGCAGAAGAUAAGAUUGGUACCUAAGCGGCAUAUGUGUAUUAUUGAAUAUGAUCAACCAAGUUCCAUAGAAAAAGCUGUGCUGAAUGCUGGUGCUUAUGAUGGAUUCAUGUUUGAUGUCACUCGCAGUAAGGCUAAGAUGAGGAGACGAAGCAGCACUAAGAAAGAAGAUGAUCCAGACUGGGUCCCUGAUUCAGAUGUUGAGGAGGAACUGUCUGCUAUGGGUGCUACUCCAACAUACAGAGUGACUCGACAGAAAUCAAUGGAUGUUGAACCUGAACCAAAACCUAAAAUGAGAAUAACAGCAAAACCUUUAAAGCAAAUGCCAAUAAAGAAAACUGUUCCAAUUCGAGCAAAGAAGCCUGUUGUUACACAGCCAGUCAGUGUGGUGGAACCCCCAGUGGCGGUGGUGACUACACAAACAACCAUGACUACUGCAGAAGCUGCCACAGAACUGUUUCAACUGCGCUCAAAGAUAUCAACCACUCCAGAUGAUAAAUGGAGAAUAUUGGAUGCAAGAGACAGAAUCUUGCGUGCUUGGGGCGGUGCUGGUUCCCGUAUUAAAGUAGGAGGCGCCACUAUUGGAACUUGUCAGGAUAUGUGUCCAGAAAAGGAAUUAUUACAAAGGCAAUCAGAACACCAGGUAAUGACUCUAGAAACCGUGUUGGAUUCCGAUGGCGAGUUGGAGCCGUGCCGGGCCGUGAAACAAUACAGCCGGAGUUCAGCCGACCAGGAGAUACCAAUGUGUUAUGAAUUGAGGCCAGCAGGAGUGCUCAUGCGCACCUGCGCUUAUCUGUUGCAUGAAAUCGCUGAUACUAAACGACAGGUCUCGUUGGCCGAUUGGUUCCAUUUCAUGUGGGAUCGGCUUCGUGGCAUCAGAAAGGAUAUAACCCAGCAGGCGCUGUGUUGUGCAGAGUCGAUUUGUUUGGUGGAAAUGUGCGCACGAUUUCAUGCACACUGCGCUGCACGGCUUGCGGACCUCGAACAUACUCAGUUCGACCAAAAACUGAACACUGACAAUCUCACAAAAUGCCUACAAACAUUAAAACACAUGUAUGCUGAUGUGGGCCCAGAACAAAAACCAAGAGAAGCAGAGUUUAGAGGAUAUGUCGCUCUACUCAACUUAGGUGAUGCAAAUUUCUGGUGGGAGAUCAAACAGUUGCCAAUAGAAAUACAGAAAUCAAAACCUAUAAUCUUCGCAAUCAAAGUAUUCAAUGCUAUUGACAAUAAUAACUACGUGAGAUUCUUCCGACUAGUGAAAGAAGAAGCGAACUACCUUCAAGCGUGUAUUCUGCUGCGGUACUUCAAUGAUGUUCGUGCGCGAGCUCUCGCUAGAAUAGUCAAAGCGUACGCUCCUAGAGGAGGGUCUCGAUACCCCGCCGAGGAUAUGAUGAAUUCACUUGCAUUCGAAACCAUAGAGAAUUUGAAAUCAUUCAUCAAUCACUAUGGGCUGAGAUUCGCUAGAACUGAGGACAGUGACGGCGAAGUGACAAUCAUACUGGAUAGAAAUCAGUUCAUUGAAGACAGUGAUCCUUACCCCAUCUCAAGAGCCAUUAACCUUAUUGAAUCUAAAAGAAAACUUUCAGUUGGUGAAAUAAUAGCUGGUGGACAACUCCCGGAUGCCGGAUAUAGUCGUCACACUUUAUAUACAAGUUUUAAUUCCGAUGGCAGAUUAAAAGAAAGUGCGCUAACUGCUGAUGACCAAGGCUACAACACCUUGAAUGAUAGCAACAAAGAUAUACAAUCUCUAAAGGCAGAGAUUCAAAAGCUAUGUCAAGGAAAAGCAAUUGUUAUGGAUAAACCCCCAGAGAACAAAAUUAAUGUUUUCGCUAAACCAGAUAUUAUAUCUACGAGCCCUAAGCAGGUGCCUAAAUUCAGUGCACCUGCUAAUCCAAUCUUUAUGAAACCGCCACCAUCCACUGAAAAUAAACCAUUUUUGUUUAAACCUGCGAUCCCAGUCGCAUCAUCAGACAUCAUAAAGAAUUCUCCUGAAAAAAUAUUCAGUGAGGAUACUAAAAGCAUAUUUUCCUUUUCUAAACCUCAGGAAACGCCAGUAACGAAUUUAUUUACUGGAAAAGAAACAGUCAAACGCUUGUUCGAAGCCACCAGUGUCCCAGAGACAAAUAACAUAUUUGGCAAAAUUAACAAAGUUCCAAAUGCCCAGCCUGUGUUUAGAGGGAAGAUAGAUGAUAAGAACUUAUUUAAAAAACCAGAGGAAAAUUCAGUUUUCCAACCGCAAACACAAGUAAAGCCUUCAGGGCUGUUUACUGGCACAGCAUCCAAAAAUUUGUUUGCGCCCAAUGAAGAUAAAAGUGGCCAAAAACAAUCAUUGUUUACCAACAAAAGUAUAUUUGCCACUAAACCCGAUGCAGGCGGUUUUGAAAAAGGAGGAAACAUAUUUAAUAAGCCUGUUCCACCUUCAGCAAGUGAAGAAAAGCCUCCAAGCAUAUUUGGUGGUUUUGGUAAACAAACGAAUGUUUUUGCCAAACCUUCUAAUUCUGAAGAUCAGACAAAACCUAAUUCAAUAUUUACUAAUGGUGAAGCUACAGCUGGUAAGUUGUCUCCAACUAGCGUUUUCAAAAGUGCUAUUUUACCACCAAAUGGGACUGAUACUAAGAACUAUUCUAUAUUUCCAAGUAAAAACAAAGCUCAGACUGUAGCAGAUAAUAUACUGAGUUCUAUAACAAAUGAAGCUCAUUCGAUUUACGAUUUCAAUCAAAAUGAGGACGAAGAACAAAAACAGGCUGAACUUCAACGUCUUAAUGCUGAGAGAAUAAGAAAGGAAGAAGAAAGGCAUUUGCAAGAAAAAAUAAGACAGGAGGAAGAAAUGAGAAAACAGGAACUGCAGCGCCAAGAAGAAGAAAGACGCAAAGAAGAAGCCCGGAAAAGACAGGAAGAAGCGCGAAAAAGACAAGAAGAGCUUCGCCUGCAGGAGGAACAACGAAGAAAAGAAGAACUAAGAAAACAAGAGGAGCUAAAGAGAAAACUAGAAGAAGAGAGGAGGGCAGAAUUGAAACGAAAAGCUGAAGAAGAAAAAUUGUUUAAGGAAAGAGUUGAAAAAGAGUCAAUAGAACUUGUUGAAGAAUUAAUCGAUGAAGUUAACAAUCCCACCGUUACUAGUAUAUUGAGUGAGGAAUUGGACAAGUUUGACAGUUUGAUGCGGUUUGCAAAUACAGUAAGCGAUGAAAUAUUAUUGAAUAUGUCUACCGAGAUUUGUGAGUCAGAAUUGAAAGCCGAAAUAUUUUUAACCAAACGAAUUAUGAGAAAAUGGUUUUAUGUAUGGAGGAAACAUUAUGCAAGGAACAUUAAAAGACGAAGUUUAUUAGAAGACACGCCUGUUUGGCUACCUCAACAUACACCAUUGGAAGAAGCUUCAUAUUUGAAACGGUUGGUUCAAAAUGCCGCUCUGAGCAACAUGAAUGCUAUUCACAGAGGCUAUAAAUUUGCUGGAGAGCUUCGACAAUUACCUACCCCCGAAAAAUAUAAUAUUAUGGAAAUCAUAAGAUCACCUCUGCUGAAGAGAAUGAAGCAAAUAAGUUAUCCAUAUGAUAAAUGUUUCUUUUGGAAAGUAGCUGUGGUUUCUCCUGGAGCUAACAAAUGGCUACAUCGUAAGAUAAACAUUGAAAAAUGGUUGUUCGAUGUUUUCAGUGAUCACAAACAACAUGAAGUAUCUAAUACCCUGAUGCAUGUAAGUAAACAGUCAUGGAAUCAUUUGAUGGACUUUGCUAUAUCUGUUAGUUUAACAGGCCGAGAUAAAGGAAUCGAUGGUACAGAGGCCAUGGAAGGUGCAAAUGCCCUUCUGUUCUAUGCAACAGAAUUUGACAAUGAUCUCAUUGAAACAAUAAAUGUUACACUCAAUCACAAAUACCCAUACCAAGUGGUCCCAGUCGCCGUUAUAAUUCCGGAACUGGAUGAUGUGCAACUGCAAUUAGAUACAAAUUUGUCAAAUCUUGUAAGGAACAAUGUAAUAUCAGCAUAUAAGAUCUUUGUAAUAGAUUCACAAAAUGUAUUCGAUUCUUUGAAUGUGUCUUCUAAAAGUGCAAUGAAAUGGUUGGCGAAGAAAUAUCCAAAGAUACCACCACUAGAAAUCGAUCACUUGAAAUCUAUUUGCCAGAGGUACCUUGGUAAUGAGAUAUGGUGCAGAUUGAGGUUGGAAAAAGAUACGCGUAUGUCCACUGUUAUUAAAGACCUAUACAAAUUGGUGAAAUGUUACAACGCUGCUGUGGAUAAUCUGACAAGUGUCAUCACAAAUGAAGAUUUAUUUAAUUAUUCAUCAUUUCCUUUGGAGUUUCAACCUUACUUGGACACUACAUCUCCUUAUCCAAAACCAUACGAGUUUAUACCAAGUAGUGCGAAAACUUCAGAUAACAUUUCGGCAAUUAAAAGGAUCAUGAACCAACUUAAAUUGCCAGACCCAUCACUGAAUUUUAGACCACUGAAUGCAAUAAGCAUGCAGGAGCAGAUGAAUAGCUACUGCAACCAAAUAGGUUGGUUUGAAAACCCAGAAGAAGUGGUAUGUAGGGUAGUAGCUGUGCUACCUAAAGAACUUUCAGACAUAAGCAUGCCAUGUGAAGAUUUCAACAAAUAUUUUGCUCACUAUAAUCUCAUAGACUUUAUGAACAUAAUUGUUUACGAAAAAAUUAAUAGACUGAAUAAUUUUGAAAAUAGAUUUGCUAUUUAUGAGAAACCUGCUUUAGAAAAUUAUCGCAGUGCAUUAUGGAUUUAUGAGAUAAGCGCUAUAAGUGAAAUGAAGCACAAAGCUAUAGAGUAUGAAGAUGAUAUUGAUUUUUAUAUUGAAGCCAAGCGACGUAAAAUAGAACUAGAUUCACUAGAUUACCUUAUGUUAGAAGACAAGGAUCGCACUUUAGUUGAUGAAAGUCUAAAGGAGAAAGAUAAAGAUAUAACCAAGUACAAUGAUUGUGCAGAAGCUGUCGAACAGCUGGAACGCCAAAUAGAGGAAGAGAAGAAGAAAUCAUUAGAAUUUGAAAAUUACCUGAGAGCUGCAUUGGGCGAGUUUGAUUAGGAUGUAUUUUUGUAUUGAAAUUAACAAUUCAUUUGAUGCAUUAAUAAAAUGAUUGAUUUUUUGUA